AUGGCCACGGAUCCAACUGUACUUUCGCCUUUGUGGCCCGGGUCCGAGUUGAAAAGCCGCUGUUCACAAUGGUUUCAAAGCCGAACCAUCACUCACCUGCCGCUGAGCUCUCGCCCACUUAUUGCUGAUGAGUCGCUGAAACUCCGUGGAUUCCGUGCGUCCCGUGUUAGCGAGCCGUCCCGAGGAUCCGAUCCAAGUGCCCUGCUCACAGUGCCAAAUUGUUGUGCUUUCUUUGAUGAACGGACCACAGAAGAUUCAGCACCCAGCCGCCAGUUUUAUUUCAUAUAUUUAGCGUGUGUCUGGGACCUAGUUUUCUGGCAAAUACUUUACUCGAUCCCUGAAGAACUGGAGCGCGGUGUGUUUGUUGGGAAUAUCGCCGAAGAUUUAGGCCUCAGCAUUCCAGAGAUGACAGUUCGCAAAUUUAGGCUGGUCUCUGAUGGCGGCGCACAGUUAUUGAAGCCGAACAUGGGGAAUGGCAUUUUAGUUGUGAACGAGAGAAUCGACAGGGAAAUUCUUUGUGGGCGAAGCUCGACCUGUUCUGUUUCUCAGGAGGUAGUGGCAGAAAAUCCUUUGGAAAUACAUCGCGUUGACGUGGAGAUAUUGGAUGUAAAUGACAACUCGCCCAGUUUUGCCAGAAGCAGAUAUUCUUUACAGGUCCCUGAGUCGACUGCAGCCGGAGCUCUCUUCCCUCUCGAAAGCGCUCACGAUCCAGACCUCGGCACAAACACAGUGAGUAUUUAUCAAAUCAGGACAAACAAGCACUUUGGCCUGAAGACUCACAGCAGAAGAGAUGGGAGUAAAAUUGCAGAAUUGAUGUUGGAAAACACCUUAGACCGCGAGAAAAAGUCGACUUUUAACCUAAUACUGACGGCAAUUGACGGUGGGAUUCCUCGGAGAUCUGGCACUGCAGAAAUAAUCAUUACUGUGCUGGACAGCAAUGAUAACGCUCCCGCAUUCGAUCAUCAAAUAUAUAGGGUUAACAUAAUGGAGAACGUACCAAAAGGUACCUCAGUGAUAACAAUAAACGCUACUGAUUUAGAUGAAGGAACAAAUGGCGAGUUAAUAUACUUUUUAACUAGUCACGUUUCUCAAAAGUUUCAGGAUUUGUUCAGUUUGGACCCAGAAACAGGACAGAUUCGAGUUCAAGGCUCACUGGACUAUGAAGGGAAUAAUGUUUAUGAACUUGAGGUACAAGCUGUGAACAAUGGUACACCUGCAUUAGCAGAGCGCGCCGAGAUUCUUGUUGAAUUAAUUGAUGUUAAUGAUAACCCGCCGGACUUAAAAUUGACCUCAGUAUCGAGUAACGUACGGGAAGAUGCUGCAUUCGGAUCGAUAGUCGGUAUAAUAAGUGUGAUGGAUCGAGAUUCUGGUGAACAUGGGCAGGUACAGUGUCAGGUGCCUCCAAAUAUCCCGUUUAAACUUCAAAAGGUCUUUGAAAAUCAGUACAAGUUGGUAGUCAGCGGCACACUGGAUCGCGAAACGACACCGCUAUACAACAUCUGCAUUUCAGCCUGGGAUGCAGGGUCACCCGCUCGUUCAACAAAUAGAACCAUCCUCAUUUCUGUUUCUGAUGUAAAUGAUAAUGCUCCACAGUUUACGCAACCGUCAUACAGUUUGUUUCUGAUGGAAAACAAUACUCCAGGCACAUCGAUAUUUGCUGUUACUGCUUUAGACCUUGACUUGGACAAGAAUAGCGAGGUGUCAUAUUUUCUUUUGGAGAGUCGCAUACAAGAUCUUUCCGCGUCUGGCGACGUUACGAUGAACUCGGAAAGUGGACACAUUUACACGCUGCGCUCCUUUGACUAUGAAAUACGGAAGAAUUUUCAGAUCACAAUUGAAGCUCAGGAAGCUGGGACUCCCCCUUUGAGCAGCAUUGCCAUCGUGAAUAUUAUUAUCUUGGACCAAAAUGACAAUGUUCCAGUUACUGUUUCACCUUCAAUGUACAACAGCUCAGUGGCGAUGGAGGUUGUAACCAAGUCGGCACAUCCAGGAUACUUGGCUUCCAAGGUAAUUGCUACAGAUGCAGAUUCCGUUUCCUAUCAGCUCACAGAAGCCACCGAUCGCAGUGUUUUUAGUGUGGGAUUUACCUCUGGAGAAAUCCGAACAACUCGAAGCUUCAGAGACCAAGAUGCCCUAACACAGAGGCUUGUAAUUUUGGUUAAGGACAUUGGGCAGCCCAGCCUCUCCAGUACGGUGACAAUUCUAUUUUCAGUCCUGGCUAACGUUACUGAAAACUUCUUAGAGCGAACAAACAAGCCCAGAAAUCCGGAAUUAUUUUCAGAUUUAAAUCUGUUGCUAAUCAUAACUUUAGGGUCAACUUCCUGCAUAUUGCUAUUAAUAAUAUUUUUUCUAAUCCCCCUUAAGUGCAAGCAAGACAGUAAUAUUUACGGCUACACAUCCGGAAUUUGUUGCUACAGACGGAGGAAUUCUACUGAUGCCUUUAAUGGUAUACCUGUCCCUAAAGCAACUUUUAAUUACCCCGACAGUACUCAAACUUUGCCUAUCCGGGAAUCGUAUAAUUACACGGUUUGUCUCUUCCCUGAAUCCUCUAAGAGUGAUUUUUUGUUUUUAAAACCGUGCCAUCCAACCUUGUCUCUCGAUGAUGUCAACAUUCGCGAGAUGACAAAUCUCCUUCAUAGAAUUGUCCUUGAAUAUAAAAUAAUGGUCGAGAUUCGAAGAAAAGAAAUAACACUGGAAAACCCUUUCGAAGUAUUUCUUCUCGAAAUGGAGAUAUUAGAUGUAAAUGACAAUUCACCGGUUUUCCCAAAAUGUAGAUUGCAGAUCCCUGAGCCAGUAGCAACAGUACAAGCUAUUGACAACGCUCCACACGUAGGACAUACCAAAGUGUUCGUAAACAUUGCCGACGUGAAUGAUAACGCCUUCGAGUUAAAACUGACAUCGGUCACGAAAACGCUCCCCGAGAAUGCCGCACAGGGCACUCUGAUCGCGGUAUUCAGUUUCACGGAUCGAGAUUCUGGGGGGAACGGCCACGUUCGGUGUGAAAUUAAGGCCGAUUUGCCAUUUACAUUUGAAACAAUGAGGAUUCAUUACAAUUUGGAAACAACAAAUAUGCUGAAUCGCGAAACUACUACAGUGUACAACAUUAGUAUUUUUGCCUCGGAUGCCUGGUCACCCUCCUUUUCCACACACAAAGCCAUUGUUUGUUUAUCUGUCAGAUUAGAAGAGAAGCAACAGAUUGAUGAAGAGGUGAACAACUUAUAUGGACAUUUUUCUCCACCAGAAGAAGCAUUCGAUUUUCCAGCGAGACAGAUAAGAGGGCGAGAUUGGGAGAAAUUUUGGUAUAUUUACAACGUGAUGCCAUCGGGAACAAUGGCGACAGCACCCAGCCGCCAGUUCUAUUUCAUAUACCUAGCGUGUGUCUGGGAUCUAGUUUUCGGGCAAAUACGUUACUCGAUCCCUGAGGAACUGGACCGCGGUGCGUUUGUUGGGAAUAUCGCCGAGGAUUUAGGCCUCAGCAUUCGAGAGAUGACAGUUCGCAAAUUUAGGCUGGUCUCUGAUGGCGGUGCACAGUUAUUGAAGGUCAACACGGGGAAUGGAAUUUUAGUUGUGAACGAGAGAGUCGACAGGGAAAUUCUCUGUGGAGGGAGCUCGACCUGCACUGUUUCUCAGGAUGUGGCGGUAGAAAAUCCUUUGGAAAUACAUCGCGUUGACGUGGAGAUAUUGGAUAUAAAUGACAACUCGCCCAGUUUUGCCAAAAAGAGAUAUUCUUUACAAGUCUCUGAGUCGACUGCAGCAGGAGCUCUCUUCCCUCUCGAGAGCGCACACGAUCCAGACGUCGGCACAAACACAGUGAGUGUUUAUCAAAUCAGCACAAACAAGCACUUUGGCCUGAAGACUCACAGCAAAAGAGAUGGGAGUAAAAUUGCAGAAUUGAUGUUAGAAGACAGCUUAGACCGCGAGAAACAGUCAACAUUUCACCUAAUACUGACGGCAAUUGACGGUGGAAUUCCUCGGAGAUCUGGCACUGCAGAAAUAAUCAUUACUGUGCUGGACAACAAUGAUAACGCUCCCGUAUUCGAUCAUCAAAUAUACAGGGUUAACAUAUUGGAGAACGCACCAAAAGGUAGCUCGGUGAUAACAAUAAACGCUAAUGAUUUAGAUGAAGGAACAAAUGGCGAGGUAAAAUACUUUUUAACUAGUCACGUUUCUCAAAAGGUUCAGGAGUUGUUCAGUUUGGACCCAGAAACAGGACAGAUUCGAGUUCAAGGCUCACUGGACUAUGAGGAAAAUAAUGUUUAUGAACUUGACGUACAAGCUGUGGACAAUGGUACACCCACAUUAGCUGAGCGCGCCGAGAUUCUUGUUGAAUUAAUUGAUGUUAAUGAUAACCCGCCGGAGUUAAAAUUGACCUCGGUAUCGAGUAAAGUACGGGAAGAUGCGGCAUUCGGAUCGGUAGUCGGUAUAAUAAGUGUGAUGGAUCGAGAUUCUGGUGAAAAUGGAAAGGUACAGUGUCAGGUGCCUCCAAAUAUCCCGUUUAAACUUCAAAAGUCUUUGAAUAAUCAGUACAAGUUGGUAGUCAGCGGCACACUGGAUCGCGAAACGACUCCGCUAUACAACAUCUGCAUUUCAGCCUGGGAUGCAGGAUCACCCGCUCUUUCAACAAAUAGAACCAUCCUCAUUUCUGUUUCUGAUGUAAAUGAUAAUGCUCCACAGUUUACGCAACCGUCAUACAGUUUGUUUCUGAUGGAAAACAAUACUCCGGGCGCAUCGAUAUUUGCUGUUACUGCUUUAGACCCUGACUUGGACAAGAAUAGCGAGGUGUCAUAUUUCAUUUUGGAGAGUCGCAUACAAGAUCUUUCAGCGUCUGGCGACGUUACGGUUAACUCGGAAAGUGGACACAUUUACGCGCUGCGCUCCUUUGACUAUGAAAUACGGAAGAAUUUUCAGAUCACAGUUGAAGCUCAGGACGCUGGAAUCCCCCCCUUGAGCAGCACUGCCAUCGUGAAUAUUAUUAUCUUGGACCAAAAUGACAAUGUUCCAGUUAUUGUUUCACCUUCAAUGUACAACAGCUCAGUGGCGAUGGUUGUAUCCAAGUCGGCACAUCCAGGAUACUUGGUUUCCAAGGUAAUUGCUACAGAUGCAGAUUCCGGACAGAACGCACGGCUUUCCUAUCAACUCAUAGAAGCCACCGAUCGCAGUGUUUUUAGUGUGGGAUUUAACUCUGGAGAAAUCCGAACAACUCGAAGCUUCAGAGACCAAGAUGCCCUGACACAGAGGCUUGUAAUUUUGGUAAAGGACAAUGGGCAGCCCAGUCUCUCCAGUACGGUGACAAUUCUAUUUUCAGUCCUGGCUAACGUUACUGAAAACUUCUUAGAGCGAAAAAACAAGCCCAGAAAUUCCGAAUUAUUUUCAGAUUUAAAUCUGUUGCUAAUCAUAACCUUAGGGUCAACUUCCUGCAUAUUUCUAUUAAUAAUAUUUUUUCUGAUCGCCCUUAAGUGCAAGCAAGACAGGAAUACUUACGGCUACAGGUCCGGAAUUUGUUGCUACAGACGGAGGAAUUCCUCUGAUGCCUUUAAUGUUAGAUCUGUCCCCAAAACCCCAUUAAAUUACCCCGACAGUGCUCAAACUUUGCCUAUCCGGGAAUCGUAUAAUUACACGGUUUGUCUCUCUCCUGAAUCAUCUAAGAGUGAUUUCUUGUUUUUAAAACCGUGCCAUCCAACCUUGCCUCUCGAUGUUGUCAACAUUCGUGACACAGGGAAUAUUGAUCGUGGGGAUUCAGCAAUGGUGAAGUCAUUGAAUGUCAAUGGUUACCUUAAAGGAGAAGAUGUAUCUCGUAUAGGAUAUGCAUAUUCCAAAAAGGGCAAAAGGAGUGAUUUCAAGCUGGACCUGACCCGAGAGCUUAAAGAAACAUGUCUAGCAAGCCUUCUCUUUGAUGUGCAGAUCGAGUUAGAUGGAAAUAGGGUUUGUGUAGGACAUUCCGUGUACGUGGAGAUACAUGAUUAUUAUAAUACCUUCAUUGCCUGUAAUCAAAUUAGAGAGCCAAGAGAUAUUGAAAUGUCGGGUAACAUCACUACAACUUCAGGCCUGACUUUGCAUAACUGUUGCAAAACGAUCGAUACCUACUUACGAACUAAAUAUGACUGUCCUGCUUGCCACACCUACACAUAUGUAUCACCUCAACAAAGAUUUCAGGACAAAGAUAAAGCAAUGGCGAAUACAUUCUGGGCCGGGCUGUACUGUUUGCUUCUGUCUCGUGUCUCGGAUGUGGUUUUCGGAGAGAUUCGCUACUCUGUCCCUGAGGAACUGGAGAUUGGUGCCUUUGUUGGAAACAUCGCUGAAGAUUUGACAAUAAGUGUUCGGGAAUUAUCAGAUCGGAAGUAUCGCCUAACCUCUGCUGACGGAAAUCAAUAUUUUGAGGUAAAUAUGGACACUGGGGUCUUAUUUGUUAAUGGAAAAAUUGACAGGGAGCAGCUUUGCACGGAGAGUUCCACCUGUUCCAUAUCGUUGGAACUCGCGCUGGACAAUCCUUUCGUGGUGUUUCCUGUUGAAGUGGAUAUAUUAGACGUAAACGAUAAUUCCCCUAUUUUCUCGAAAAAGGUAUUCUCAGUACAGAUAGCUGAGUCAGCAACACCAGGAGUGCGCUUUCCUCUGGAGAGUGCGCACGACCCGGACGUGGGGUCGAACACGAUCAGCAAGUACCAGAUUAGCUCGAAUGAUCACUUCGGCCUCAAGAUGCAGACAAGAAACGACAGUAGCAAAUUUGCUCUAUUGUUGUUGGAGAAAUCACUGGACCGUGAACAACAAUCAUCUUUUGAACUUUUAUUGACAGCUGUUGAUGGUGGAAUCCCGCACAGGACUGGCACAGCUCGGAUUAUUGUUACCGUAGCGGACGUUAAUGAUAACUCCCCUGCAUUCGAUCAUGAAAUGUACAGGACAAGUGUCUUAGAAAACACACCCAAGGGCACUUUGGUGAUCAAGCUACACGCCACUGAUUUGGACGAAGGUGCAAACGCUGAAUUCAAAUAUUCCUUUAGCAAUUACGCUUCAAAAAGAAUGCUGGAGUUGUUCAAACUGGAUGCCGAAACAGGAGAAAUAAGAGUUGAAGGUUUGCUGGAUUAUGAAAAAUCAGACGUUUAUGAGCUAGCUGUGCAGGCUGUUGACAGUGGUGCACGCGUGGGACAUGCAACAGUUUGGGUUAGAAUAAUUGACGUAAACGACAACGCCCCCGAGAUAAAGCUGAAAUCAAUAACCAAAAUGGUUUAUGAAACUGCUCCACCAGGUACGCUAAUCGCUGUGUUUGGAGUGAUGGAUCCGGAUUCGGGGGAGAACGGUCACGUCCGAUGCCAGAUUUCAAACGAUGUGCCGUUCGAACUUCGGACGACUCUGAGGAAUCACUAUAGUUUAGUCAUCAGUGAUAUGCUGGAUCGUGAAGCAACUGAAAAGUACAACUUAACAAUUUCAGCAUGGGAUGCUGGAUCUCCUGCUCUAUCCGCAAGUAAAACCAUCGUCCUUUUUGUCUCCGACAUAAAUGACAACAUUCCGCGAUUUACACAGUCCCUGUAUAACGUCUAUUUGAUGGAGAACAAUUCUCCUGGUGAAUCCAUUUUUUCCGUUACCGCCCUGGAUCCUGAUUUGGAACAGAACGGAGAAGUAUUUUAUUCUAUCCUAGAGAGCCAGGUCCAACAUCUUUCUGCGUCUGUUUACUUUACCAUCAACUCAAAAACUGGUAGCAUUGUUUCGCUGCGAUCCUUUGAUUAUGAACAAUUGAAGAAUUUUCAGAUCACAGUUCAAGCUCAGGAUGCUGGAUCUCCAUCGCUGAGCAGUACUGCAAUGGUGAACGUUGUUAUCCUGGAUCAAAAUGAUCAUGCUCCAAACAUUAUUUCACCAGUAGCAUGGAACAGUUCAGCAACACUUGAAAUUGGGUCCCAGCCAAUAUUUGCAGGAUAUAUAUUCGCCAAAGUAAUGGCUAAUGACGCAGAUUCUGGGCAGAAUGCACGACUUUCCUAUGAACUGAUUGAGGCUACUGAUCGGAGUCUCUUUACUAUGGGCCUCUACUCCGGAGAAAUCAGAGCAGCCCGAAACUCUAUUGAACAAGACAGCACCACACAAAGACUUGUUGUCGUAGUGAAGGACAACGGUCAACCAAGCCUGUCAAGCACGGUCACAAUUGUCUUUUCGAUGAAGGCGAAUGUUACUGAAAACGUUUCUGGACAUGCAGAGCACGCUAGACACACCGAAUAUGGUACGGAUCUAAAUACAUAUUUAAUAAUAAUUUUUGGAUCAACUAGCUUCAUAUUUCUUUUAACCAUUAUCUUGCUGGUCUUCCUGAAGUGCAAACAAGAUCGAAAUAAGAUACAUUACCACCACUCUGCUGUUUCCUGUUGUUGCAUGCGGAGGAAUUCGAAUGAUGUAUUUGCUAGGAGACCUGUAGGAAACCGCGUUUUAAAUUAUUACGGAGCUCCUCAGAUGCUCCCUGCUUCCGAAACCUAUGGUUACACAAUUCGCUUAUCGCCGGAAUCAUCCAAGAGUGAUUUUUUGUUUCUCAAGGCUUGUCAUCCUACGCUACCACUGAGUGAAAGCAGUACUAGUGAUAGCAUUGCUGAAGCGACAACUGGAAAAAUUGUUAUCAAUUCUGAUAUAGGUCGAACAAAAACCAGAGCGAUGGCGAAUACACUCAGCAGCGGGAAGUAUAUUAUGUUCCUGCUUUGUGUCUCGGAUAUGGUUAUUGGUCAGAUUCGGUAUUCUGUUCGAGAAGAACUGAAGAUUGGUUCGUUUGUUGGAAACGUCGCUGAGGAUUUAAAGAUAAGCAUUCGAGAAUUAUUGUCGCGGAGGUUUCAGCUGCUGUCUGCUGAAAGAAAACAAUAUUUCGAGGUAAACCUGGAAAAUGGCGUGUUGUUUGUUAAUGAAAGAAUUGACAGGGAAGAGCUUUGCAUGGAGAGCCUUACCUGUUCCAUGUCUUUGGAACUCUCGCUCCAAAAUCCUUUGGAAAUUUUUCCUGUUGAAGUGGAGAUAUUAGACGUAAAUGACAACUCACCGAAUUUCCCGGAAAAGAGAUUUGCAUUGUCCCUUUCUGAGUUAGUUGCCCCUGGGACGCUCUUCCCUCUCGAGAGCGCGCACGACCCAGACGUUGGUUCAAACACGAUCAGCACUUACCAGAUUAGUGUAAAUGAAUACUUCAGCCUCAAAAUGCCGACAAGAAACGAUGGUAGAAAAAUCGCUGAAUUGUUGUUGGAGAAACCAUUGGACCGCGAGCAGCAGGCAUCCUUUCAACUGAUAUUGACUGCACUAGAUGCGGGUACCCCGCAAAGGUCUAGCACAAUUGAUAUUUUUAUUACUGUUACAGAUGCUAAUGAUAACGCACCUGUAUUUGAUCACGAAAUAUAUCGUUCAAGUGUAUUAGAGAAUGCACCAAAUGGUACUUUAGUGACGAAGCUACACGCAUUUGAUUUAGACGAAGGUGCGAAUGCUGAAUUUAAAUAUUCCUUUAGCAAUUACGCCUCAAAGAGAGUGCGCAAGUUGUUCAAUUUGGAAAGCGAAAGCGGCGAGAUCAGAGUUCAAGGGUUACUGGAUUAUGAAAAAUCAGACGUUUAUGAGCUUGAUGUCCAAGCUGUGGACAAUGCUCCAAACGUAGGGCAUGCCAAGGUCUUUGUUACGUUAGUUGAUGUGAAUGAUAACGCCCCGGAAAUAAAGCUGACUUCAUUAACCAAAAUGGUACAAGAAAAUGCGGCUCCAGGUCAUGUGCUCGCUGUAUUCAGUGUAACCGAUCGAGAUUCUGGAGAGAACGGGCGAGUUCGAUGUCAGAUUCCAAUCAACGUUCCAUUUAAACUCCAGACGCCUUUGCCGAAUCGCUAUAAGCUUGUAACCAGUGAUAAACUGGAUCGUGAAACGACUGCACUUUACAACAUAUCGAUUUCAGCUUGGGAUGCUGGAUCGCCCUCUCUUUCCACGAAUCAAACUAUCUUCCUUUCGAUUUCUGAUAUAAAUGAUAACGUUCCGCAGUUUACACAGUCCUUAUAUAACGUGUAUCUGAUGGAGAAUAACACUCCUGGUGCCUCUAUAUUUUCUGUUACAGCUUCGGAUCCUGAUUUUGAAAAUAAUGGCGACAUCUCAUUUUCUAUUCUGGAGAAUAAGAUGCAAGAUGCGUCGGCGCCCGAUUACUUCACAAUAAAUUCCAAAAGUGGGAGCAUCUUUCCACUGGUCUCCUUUGACUAUGAACAACUGAAAAACGUGCAGAUCACAGUUCAAGCUCGGGAUGGUGGAUCUCCGUCACUGAGCAGCAUUACUACAGUGAACAUCAUUAUUUUAGAUCAAAACGACAAUCCUCCCCUUAUUAUUUCACCACCAAGGCGGGAUACUUCAGCGGCAUUGGUGACUAUUCCGCACUCAAUAUAUCCAGGAUACUUAAUCACCAAGGUAACAGCUAAUGAUGCAGAUUCCGGUCAGAACGCCAGACUUUUCUAUGAACUGAUUGAGGCCACUGAUCGGAGUCUCCUUGCUAUGAGUCGUUACUCUGGAGAAAUCAGGGCAUCAAGAAGCUUUAUCGAACAAGACAGCACCACACAAAAAAUUGUUGUCUUGGUGAAGGACAAUGGAGAACCGAGUUUAUCAAGCACGGUCACAAUCCUCUUGUCAAGACACGCGAACGGCACAGAUAACCCUCCUGAACAUAAAAACCAUCUUCGGCAUGCUGAAUAUUUCUCUGAUCUAAAUAUAUAUUUAAUAGCAAUCUUUGCAUCAACAAGCGUCAUAUUUCUUGCAAUCAUAAUUUUUUUGGUCACUCUGAAAUGCAAGCAAGACCAACAUAAUACGAUUAACCAGAGGCCUACAUUGCAUUGUUGUUGCAUGCGGAGGAAUUUAGACGAUGUCUUUAAUCUGAGGCACGCACCAAACAAAUCUUUCAAGUAUUAUGGAGCUGCGCAGACCCUCCCUGCUUCUGAGACUUACAAUUACACCAUUCGCUUAACGCCGGAAUCAUCCAAAAGUGACUUCUUGUUUCUAAAGACCUGUCCUCCUACAUUGCCACUGAGCGAUAUCAACGUUAAUGACAUCAACGUGAGUUAGAUUUCCAGGCAGCACACUCACACUGUGACAGAUGUGUCAUGUACUAUCCAGAGCAACUGGUAUAUAAUAUAAUUCAUUUCAAGAUCAAGCUUCGUAUACGUUAAACUAACACUGGAGCAGCUGAUACAACACUGAUGAAAAUUAUAGUGACGCCAGUCUAAAUUUGCUCUUUUUUGUGAUUUCCUGGGGAAUACAUAUUUUCCCAUCCUUUGAAUAACUUGCUAGAUUAGACUUAUUGUCACUUUGAAGUAUAAAAAAGUUCAACAAGAAUUGUAAAAGAUCAUCCCAUCGCAGACAUUAUCGCUGAUAUCCUUAGACAAUAAAAUGUUUCGUUUCA